UGUUUGGUCUUGAUCAGGGUCACGGUGUAAACGGAGCCUGUUCUAAAACACUGGGUGCAAUGCGGAGAAACCACAGGAGAUGGAAACUUUUGCAAGCGCAUGGUGACAUACUGCAUAUUGUUUAUACUAAUAACUUUAAGUAAUAGGGGUGAUCUGAAGAGCCUGUAGCACAGUAAAUGACAACAACUACAACAUUCUCUAUUCUCUAAAUUUCACAGGUCCUAUUAGGAAUGGUCACAGAUUAAAGAUGCUGAAAGUCUUCCUACUGUUUACAGGAUGAACGGGGAGAAAAUGGAGGUGGGUUGGGUUCACCAUCAGCAGCCCUGCGAGAAUGGCGUUGCUGACCGAGUCGAAGUUCACAUCGAGGUUCAUGUCAAAUCUCAGAGCACGGCGAGACGAACUGAAGUAAGGACACACGUUUUGGCUCUGCUCGACCGACACAGCCUCGUAAUCGGCUCCUUCAAGUGGACGGAGUUUGAUGAUGACUUCCUGACGAAAAACGUCGAGUCUGUCUCCGUGGUGGACGUCGAUGCACAGCCUCUUGAUUUGAAGACGAGCAAUCUGUGUGUUCACAUCUUCUCUCUCAACGACGAUGGACCGAGCACGCUCAACCUGGAAGAGGAGGAGGAGCUAUCUGCAGCCAAUCACUGGCUCCUGCCAGCAGCUGAGUUUCAUGGGAUCUGGGAGAGCCUGGUUUAUGAGGAAGGAAUCAAAACGCAACUCUUGGAUUAUGUUUCGACAGCAAUCUUCUUCUCUGACAAAAACGUUGACAGCAAUCUGGUUGCUUGGAAUCGUGUUGUGUUGCUUCACGGACCUCCGGGCACGGGAAAGACUUCACUGUGUAAAGCACUUGCACAGAAACUCUCCAUCAGACUCUCUGGAAGAUAUUCCUAUGGACAAUUUGUAGAAAUCAACAGCCACAGUUUGUUCUCGAAAUGGUUUUCAGAGAGCGGGAAACUCGUUACGAAGAUGUUUCAGAAGAUUCAAGAGCUGAUAGAUGAGAAAGAAGCCCUUGUUUUUGUGCUUAUUGAUGAGGUGGAGAGUCUAACGGCAGCGAGAAACGCCUCUCAGGCUGGAACCGAACCUUCUGAUGCCAUCCGAGUGGUCAACUCUGUCCUUACACAGCUGGACCAGAUCAAACGACAUUCGAACGUGGUGAUCCUCACUACCUCAAACGUAACGGAGAAGAUCGACCUGGCCUUCGUGGACAGAGCGGAUAUAAAGCAGUAUAUCGGCCUGCCGAGCGCCCGAGCUAUCUUCAACAUCUACCUGUCCUGUCUGGAGGAGCUCAUGAAGCGGCAAAUCAUUUACCCACGGCAGCAGCUGCUGAACCUCGAGGAGCUCGAUACGUUGGACUAUAUCGAGAGCGAAGUGACCGGGCUCAGUCUGCAUCUGCAGAAAAUCGCAGAGAAGAGCGUAGGUCUUAGUGGACGCACCUUGAGGAAAAUUCCCUUUUUGGCUCAUGCGCUUUACGCGAAGAAGUCUGUGUUGACGGUCGAGAGCUUUCUGAACGCCAUGGACAAUGCUGUGGCUCAUCAGAUAAAGGAACGGGAGAAGCUGGUUAACUGUAUAUGAGUGAAAGCUGAUCGCUAAAGGAUUCUAGCUGUUGUUAUUUACUGAACGUUGAUGAUGCCACUAGUUUCAGCUUUCUAGUGUUCACUUUUCUGAAGAGCUUUUUACAAGUGCUUUUUUUUUUUUUUCUUUUUUCUUUUUUUUUUUUAAAUAAAAGACAACGUGACAAGUUUUUUUUUUUCUUGUUCUUUUUACAAGUUGUUCUUGGCAAAGUUGUUGGUCAUCUGUUUUGUCUUUGUUCUCAGCGUGUAACUAAAAUAUGCCUCUUCAUGCGCCAAGCUCCAGGUUCUCUACCAGCAUCAGGGUGCAUUUGUGUUACUAUGCUUUUAGGAAUCCGUCUACAAGGAAACACGUACCAUAAUGGACACAUAUCAACACUUUUUUUAUUUGUGUGUGUUGUGAUUUUAUGUGUGUAUUUAAAAAAAAAAAAAAAUUUCUUGAUUAAAAAUGUGUUGAAAAAAUGUAUUUGGACUCUAUCAUAUCACCACUAGAUGGCGUAUUAAAAAUCUGCAAUAAAACUAUUAAUUAUUGUGACUAGAGUUGGGCAAUGUGCCGAUAUAAUAUCGAUAUCAUGAUAAAUUAUGCCACGGGUAUGCUUUUCUGACCUAUCUUGGAUAUUGUAAUGUCUUCUUUUUUUUUAUUAUUUAAAAAAGAAUUACUGACUGGAAACAGUAGAGUUAAAUUUUGUUCUUAAUCGUUUACAUUGUUUGUUUUAAAAUUUUACAGUUUUUUUUUUUUCAGUCAAUUAAGGUCACAGUGGCACGUAUUUCACGUUAUUUCUAUAUUUAAAAAAAUCCUAACCAAAUACAAAGAAAA